CAUAUUUGACAACUUCAAAUCACUAGAUAUUUCCAAUGGUCCAAAUGUUUGAAAAUUAAAAUUUACCCUGACAAAUCAGUUUUAUAAUCUUUAAUCUAUGUUCACCAAAAGUGCAAGCGCCAUUUUGAAUCAGAAUGGUCGUAGUCUUAGCACAACAAGUUUAGUAAAGAAUGUCUACUGCAUCAUAGCGUGGUCGAGCUCUAGGGGUGGGUACUGUAAUAGUGGAAUGCCGCAUGACGCAUGGCUAUCGAUCAGUUCCCGAUGUUCCGGAUGGCCACGUUGUUGGCGCGACAGCUCAGUUCGCCCAUCGCCUCCAGGAUCAAGGCGUACGCUAUGACGCACCCGCGCAUGCGUACUGCGGUGGUGUGUCGCGCGGGGCGCAUGUUCCGAGGCGCGGAGCUUCGCUUCAAGUUGUGGGCGAUGCGCCUGCCGCCGCCGCCGCGCGCCGCGCCGCUCUCAGACAACGACGCCGUGCAGGUCGGCUCCGAUAUUAUCGGUGAGAUCAUCAUAUUUACCUUGGGAGCGGGCAUCGUCAUCUUUGAAGUAAACCGACAAGCAGAAAAACUAGAAAUCAAAAUGUUGGAGGAGCGGUCUGAGUGGGUUGCGUUGCUGGUGGCUCUGCAAGAACUGAAACACGAGUUGGAGCUGCAGCAACAAGAAAUGGACCGACUCCAGGACGAGCUCAGGCGUAUCAGCCAACGACAACCCUCCUCUCCCCCCACUCCCCCUUCUGCCUCGCCUACUGAGCCCGCUGGAACCCUCACCGAAGUAACUCGCAAAAGUAGAUGUUGAUUUUAAAUGAUUAAUUAUACUGCCAAAAAUAUUAUCUAUACAAUAAAGAACAAUUUUUCCCUGAUAAA